AUGAUUGUAGCAAUAGCGCUAUGUGAUUUCUCUUAGGAAAUUAUGAAUUAUUCAUAAAAAGCUUCAUAGGAAAAUAAAUCUCAGAAAACUGAAGAUUAAAUGAAAGCAUAAAAUGAAGAUUCUCCAAAAAUAAAAGAAGAUUCUGAAAAUAAUUCAUAAUAGCAAUCAAUUAAAUUAGAUGAAACUCAAGGAAAAGAUGAAAAAGCUAACGAAUAAAAUGAAAAUAAUAAAGAAAAAAAGGAAUAGGAUAACUUAAAUAGUAUAGAAUAAAAUAAAUAAAGUUAAAAUGACACUCCAGAUUUAAAAGAAGCCUAAAAUGAUGAAUAAAAGAAAGAUGUAGACUAACAAAGCUAGAAUGAAUAGCAGAAUUAAACUAAAUAAGAACAAAAUGAAACUUAAUAAUAAGAUAAUUAAACUUAAUAAAUGCAAUAUCUGAGCUUCAAAAAAGAUGAUAGAAUUAUUGUUAAAUAUCAACAUCCAAACGGAUGGUGGUGGGGUUGCUAGUUGGGAAUUCGCGACCCUAAAGAUGGUUAUUUUCCUAGCUCUUAUGUAAAAUUUAGUCACUAAAUAGGAGACGAUUUUGAUGACAGUGAAAAAUAAAUAGGUGAGCACGAAAUAGAAAAUAUGGGAUGGAAUGAGUAUGCUUAAUAUGCUAAAAAAAAUGCAUUUGAUUAAGAAGUUGAUUAAUAGUAUGAAAAAUUUAUUAAUGAGUCUGUUGAUAAAAAAGAAUAAGAUUUACAGAAAUAUUUAAAUCCAGGAAUCAAAGGCUAUAAAAAAGUUAAAAUUGAUCCUUCUCAAUAGGAUUCCUAUAAAAAUAUAUAAGGAUCUUACUUCAGCUAAGAAGGAGAUGCUGUUUACAUACCAAUCAAAAGUUAAGAUCCUCUUGAUAGAGCAUAUAGAUAGCUUAAUCACUAUUUUAAUUACGAUUCGUGGAAUGAUUAAAUGAAUUAACAAAGACAAUCCAAAUCUAAACCAAACCCAAACAAAAAAAAAGAAAAAAAUGAAAAUAAAUUCCUUCAAAAAAUAAAAUGA